CUUUACCGGCAUUUCCCUCUCUCUUUGGUAAAGAAAUUUCACAACUGAGAACUGAUUGAAAAUGAAGAUUUGCAGUUACGGAAGAAAUUGAGAUGAGGUUCGAACAGUUUGAGCCAUAGCCGAGGUUAAAUUUCUUCGUUCUUCAACCGUGACUCCAUUUGUGUUGCUUUUUGGAGCUUUCGAGUAAUUAUUAGAGAGAAAUGGCCGCACAGUCGACGAGCAUGAAGUGAUUCUUGCAUCGGUGUGUCUUUAAAUCCAUCACCACUGAUUCACCCAUGGCUUUCAUGGGGAGCUUCCCCAGAGCAAACAUGCUUUCGCCGCGGACUGUGGUACUUCGCUCGCCUUCGCUGCGGACCAAGAACCGAGUUGGGGUUCUCAGAGCACAUCUCUGUGAAGACGACGACCCUUUGUUCCUCAGUGCUAAAGAAGCUGCGUCUCUCCGCUUCAUGGAAUCCCGCCAACCUGAGCCCCUUUUUGUUGAUGAAUAUGCCGGCUGCUGGGUUGCUCAUAAUCCUCAAAUCAAGCAAAAGUCUCACCACUAUUGUGUUGCAACAAAGUUCUUAGAUGAUAAGUUGAUUAAACAACUCAAUCAUAUUAAUGGAGUUAAGCAGGUUGUGUUGCUAACGGAUGGAAUGGAUACUAGACCAUAUAGGCUUCGUUGGCCCAUGUCGACAACAAUAUUCGACAUAUCUCCAGACAAUGUUUUUAGAAGAGCGGCUCGAGAUCUGCAAGGCAGUGGAGCCAAGAUCCCAAGAGGCAACUUUUUCUGCCAUGUCCCAUUGGAAUCCCCAAAUAUACCGCUAGAAAUCUGCAAUAGAGGUUUUCGAGGAGAUCAACCGAGUAUAUGGGUGAUGCAGGGACUUCCCAUUAAGACUUUGGUGGAUUUUGAAGAUGUUCUGUUCAUUGUUAGCAGUUUGGCUAUGAAAGGAAGCUAUUUCUUAGGUGAAUUACCUUCUUGGUUGGCUGAAGCUGAAAUUAAGUCCAGGUCCAGUACAGGUACAAUGAAGUGGAUGGACAAAAUUUUUAUGAGCAAUGGUUUUCGGGUGGAAACGAUCAUCCUCGAGGAAUUUGCAAAGACGUUAGGCAAGGAAUUGACGUUGGAACCCUAUAAGAACACUCCAUUUGUUGCAGAACAAUUGCGAUUUUCAGAUUACGAGAUGGAAAUUUGGAGGAAGGAAUUCGAGAGGAUUGAGAAUGAAGGAGAUGAAGAAGGAUUUGAAGAACUAUGACUUUGUUCAUGAAGGUAACAUCUUUUUUUGUUCUUUCAUUUUUAAAU